AUGGGCUUCAGUAAUAGUAAAUCAGGCAAGAAGCCUCUGCUUUUCGAUAUCAGACUAAAAGAUGUUGAUAACGACGUAAUUCUACUGAAGGGUCCACCAGACGAGGCCCCGUCAGUGCUUCUAUCAGGUUGUAUCGUAUUAUCCAUUAAUGAGCCCAUGCACAUUAAAAGCAUAUCAUUGAGACUGUUUGGAAGGAUACAAAUUGAUGUCCCAUUGGAAAACCAUCAGGAUUUGAAGGCUUCGUCUUCAUCUUCACCACCACCAAGGAUCAGAAAGUAUAACAAGGUCUUUUACAACCAUACAUGGGACAACGUUAACCUCCAAGACUAUCUUAGUGGUUCAAGGGAACAAGCAGGUCUCGCGGGUAGCAACUCAUCAAGUAAUAUCUUAAACAUUAAUCAAAGAGCUCAGUCCUCAAGCUCUUUGAAAUCUUUAAAGGGAUCCUCGACGCCCUCCUCGCACACUUUGGGCAAGGGGAACUAUGAUUUCCCAUUUAGCGCUAUUUUGCCUGGUUCGUUGCCGGAAAGUGUAGAAUCUUUACCAAAUUGCUUUGUGACAUAUAGCAUGGAAUCGGUCAUUGAGCGUACCAGGCACUAUAGCGAUUUGACUUGUAGGAAAAAUAUUCGAAUUUUAAGAACCAUUUCACCUGCCGCGGUAGAAUUAUCAGAAACUGUCUGUGUAGAUAAUUCAUGGCCCAAUAAAGUUGAUUAUUCUAUUUCGGUGCCUAACAAAGCCAUAGCUAUCGGUUCAGCAACCCCGAUUAAUAUCUCUAUUGUACCUCUUUCGAAAGGUAUAAAAUUGGGGCCCAUUAAAGUCGUAUUAUUGGAAAACUAUCAAUAUUGUGAUCCUUUCCCCCCUGUGACAUCUGCAAGUAGACAAGUAACAGAUUUAACUCUUGAAAAUCCCUUAAAUGAAUCUUCUGAAGACUUUAAUGUGGACGGUCGCUACAUAAAUAACCCUUUUUAUGAGGCUGAUCAUUCGUUCCAGGAUAAAUGGGAAGUUGAUACAUUUUUACAGAUUCCAAACAGUUUAUUAAAUUGUGUUCAAGAUUGCGAUGUUCGUUCAAAUAUUAAAGUUCGUCACAAGCUUAAAUUUUUUAUCAUGCUGAUUAACCCGGAUGGUCAUCAAUCUGAAUUAAGAGCAUCCUUACCCAUUCAACUUUUUAUUUCGCCAUUUGUAGCACUUUCCAUCAAGCCGGUAUCAUCAUCCAAUUUAUAUUCAUUUACUGGCGCAAUCAACCAAGAUGAAAAUCUGCAAAACGAAGAUGAAGAGGAGUACUUAUUCUCGAGAUCUGGAUCAGCCACAGGGCUGGAAUUGAUGGCAGACAUGCGUAAUGGUACUGCAGUCCCCACCGUUUCAGACUUAAUGACACCUCCAAACUAUGAAAUGCAUGUAUAUGAUCGUCUUUAUGGCAGUUCUUCCAAUCUAACGCACGCUGAAACACCAGAGACAUGUACUCCAUUAGAAAGCGAAUGUUCAGCUUCUGAUGAUCAGCAAGAUCUAGAAGAUCUACGGAUAAGACUGACCAAAAUCAGAAACCAACGUGAGAAUUUGGGGCUACCUGCAUCUGCUUCAUCUGCUGCUGUUUCCAGAUCAUUAUCGCCGUUAUUAAAUGUCCCGGUACAAGAAGACGGGACAGAUGGAAGUUCACCUCAGAACACUUCUAGCCUCAACAACAGUUUAACUUCAGGAAUACAUAGUAACGUAUCACCCGUUUUGCUUUCAAGAUCACGAGCUGGUAGUACUCUAGCUAAUGACGUGCUACCAGUACCUCCGGGCUUGAAUUAUCUGGAGACUCAAAAUUUGAACAAAGUCCCAUCGUAUGGUAAGGCAAUGAAGUAUGACAUUAUUGGUGAAGACUUACCUCCCACCUAUUUCUGUUCGAUACAAAACGUGCAACCUAGAAAACCUAGUAGAGUGCAUUCUAGAACGUCAUUGGCAACACUAUCAUCUUCCAUCCCAACUAGUUUCCAUUCUUCCAGUUUUAGGAGUGGCACUGCUUCCCCUAUCUCGAUAAUCAAUGGCUCCAGGUGUAGUUCUAGUGGAACAUCUCUUAAUACGCUUGGUGAAUCAACAGUAUCGGGUAGUAGCUUUAAAAGAUCACCUUCAAGGCAGAGGUCUAGAUCUUUAGCUGGGUUCAUGGGGGGACUUCUCUCGAAGGGUAAUAAACGGUAA